AUGGAUCCACAAAGAAAGCCAACCAUAAUAAUAAAAUUCAAGAAUCCCAAUGAACGACAUACUAAUUCUGAUAACUCAGAUGAUGACAAUUUACAAGCUGAGUACAUGCACUUUGGAGAAAAUAGUUCUACUACUCGUGGUAUCAAAAAGAAAAAAAUUGAGAGUAGUUGUAGUGACAAUAGUAGUGGUGGGUUUUGUUGCCAAGUUCAUGAUUGUGCUGCUGACCUAACGAUGGCGAAACGGUACCACCAAAAGCAUAAGGUUUGUGAGGUUCAUGCUAAGGCAUCAAUGGUGGUUGUGGCAGGGGUUCAUCAAAGGUUUUGUCAACAAUGCAGCAGGUUUCACGAGGUAUCAGAAUUCGAUGACCAAAGAAGAAGUUGCCGAAACCGUUUAGCUGGACACAAUGAACGUCGUCGAAAGUCAUCAUCUGAAGCAACUGAUCAUAUUGUUUCAAGAGAGCAUUGUUCAAGGCACCAGAUUGCGUCAGGCUGGUGA